AUUCGCGUCCCGGGUCGGGGUCAGCAGUAAGAUGGCGGCCUGCAGGUUGCUGCGGUUGGUGGCAGCGGACUCUCGGGGUGUCACGGCUUUCCUUGUUUACCGGCGGAAUCUCGCACCGCGCGUCGUGGUCAGGGCUCAUUCCGGCAACGCCGAGCAAAAAGAAACACAUUUCGGAUUCGAGACUGUGGCCGAGUCGGAAAAAGCAGAGAGAGUUUACAAAGUAUUUGAAAAUGUUGCUGAAAAAUAUGAUGUAAUGAACGACGCCAUGAGCUUUGGCAUUCACAGGUUGUGGAAAGACUCACUUCUUCAUACAAUGAACCCGCUACCUGGAACCAAAUUACUUGAUGUAGCUGGGGGGACAGGAGAUAUCGCCUUCAGGUUUAUGGAUUAUGUAAAAUCACAACAGGAAAGACAGAAUCGGCAAGCAAUGAAACUUUACCAGAGUCCUUCGUGGCAACAAAUCAACGAUGCUUAUGAACAGCAGAUGGAACCAAACUCAGAUUUGCAAUCAAUGGCAGUAAUCUGUGAUGUUAAUAAGGAAAUGUUAAAGGUUGGAAAGAAAAAGGCAGAACGGUUGAACUAUACCGAAGGCUUGUCCUGGGUUGUAGGAAAUGCUGAGGAGCUACCAUUUGACGAUAACAAGUUUGACGUUUAUACAAUUGCCUUUGGAAUUAGAAAUGUUACGCACAUUGAUCAUGUGUUGCAGGAGGCCUAUCGGGUUUUGAAGCCGGGUGGAAGGUUUCUCUGUUUGGAAUUCAGCAAAGUACAGAAUCCAAUCGUUUCCAGGCUUUACAAUUUGUACAGUUUUCAAGUGAUUCCUGUACUUGGGGAAGUCAUUGCUGCUGACUGGAAAUCCUACCAGUACUUGGUAGAAAGUAUUCAGCGUUUUCCUGAUCAGGAGGAGUUCAAGGCAAUGAUUGAGGACGCUGGAUUUUACAAGGUGGAAUACAAGAACUUGACCAUGGGGAUUGUCGCUGUUCACUCGGGAUUUAAGCUCUGAAUUUGAAGUGACUGAAAGAAAAUCAAGAUGCACCAUCACAUAGCACAAUGCUUGGUGCAGAACUAGUUACAGAUAAGUUUCAGUGAGGUAAUUAUUUAUAAGCAGUCAAACAAUUGGUGGUAAAAUCUAACAAGGUUAUACUGCAACAUUGUUUAAUUGUACUCCACUUGUUGUGUACUCUAAUUGUGCAGGUACAUGUUACCUGCUCUAGGGUUUGUGGUUUUCCUCCAUGAGGAUGUGCUUUCUGGUAUCACCAGUAAUUGGUUCAAAAUGCCUUAGGCAUGAAGAGACAUUUGACACAGAGACCCAAGCUUUGGAAACAGUCAGAUUGCUAUUAAAACUGACAUCCAAGUUCAGAACAUUUUAAUAUCGAGGAUUCCAGCAAUUAAAAAGUUGAAUGACACAUUUAUUUUGUACAAGUACAUCUUAAAGUUGUUUAUCAAUGCCUGCAGGAUCUGUGAAAGCAAGUAUCUAUCAUUUUGCUUUCUCCACAUCUGGCAUCCUAAAUUAUACAAUCAAAUUAAGACACCAAGAUUCUUAUUAACACUGUUUAACCUGACCAUCUGAGAAGAUGGAGGAUGGUCUUCAUUUCCAUGCAUCUUGAGAAGGAGACUGCCAUUAACACAAAACUUACAUGCUUAUAAUUUACAAAACCAACCUUGGUGGUAUAACUAGCAAUGAUAAUGGAUCAGACACUCCUUUUAAAUUUAGUCAAACGUGUGUGUGUGUGUGUGUGUGUGCACUUUUAUUCAAAUUGCAUCUUUCAUGACGUUAUAUACAAGGUUUUUGUCGUGUAGUAUUGACUGAAAAUAUUUAUACAAUUUCUUGGUCAGAAGUGUUUUGAUUUGAUUGUAAUGACUUGGGUACGUUCUUGAAAUGGUGUGAGAUCUCUUUUGCAGUCUCACUCGACCUCUCCAAACUGAACUGUUGAUCCUCUGAGUGCUUCUGAUGCUGCUAAUGCCCCACAGGGUCUCAUAGAUGUAUUGUGUGAUGCUGAUUUAUCUGUCCAAAGCAAGUGAUAGUUCCAUGAUUCAUGGUUGAAUAAGUAAUCACAAUAUGAAUCAGAAGUUUCUCAUCACGUAACUAAUGUUAUCGUGGACUGUCUUAUCUGCAGAGACUUGGAUCAAUACUGGUUUCCUCACCAUCCGAUGGAGGUCCAGUCUAAUGGGUGUGUUUUAAACCGGCAGAUGGUGUCUUGAGCAUGCAUGUAGAGGUUGACCAUGUCUGCAAAGUAUAUUACCUGGAGAGGGCAUGUAAUUGAAGACCAAAAGAUGGAUCCUGAGUGUGGAUGCAAAUCUAUAAGCUCCAUACUUUUUUUAAUUCUCUAUUCCAUUUCAAGACACUACCACCAUUGACGACCUUAGAUAACACAAAAUGCUGGAGUGACUCAGUGGAUCAGCCAACAUCUCAAGAGAAAAAUAAUAGGUGACAUUUCCGAGUCAUAAGAAGGGUUCCGACCUGAAAUAGCACCUAUCCUUUUCUCCAGUGGUGCUGCCUGACCCUCUGAGUUACUCCAGAUUUUUGUGUCUAAAUUUGCAGUACCUACCUACACAUUGACGAGCUGGGGUCCAUUUUGUAUGACCAGCAUUAGUUAAUUAGUCAAUUUGGUAUUCCUCCAGCGGAUAUUUGCAGGUUUGACAUAGUCUCAAAUCUUUCUCUAGCACAAUCUUUGUGACAGAUUGUUGACAAUUUGUUGAUAUCAAUCAACUUUGACCCUGUUCUUCAUGAGGAACGCUGUCCAUAUUUAAGUGUAAUUUUUGCAAAUAUAGUAGCAAUCUUAUGAAAAUUUCUACCAAUUAAAUCUGUUAAACAAUA